CCCAAAACCCCCCCUCUCAUAACAUUCAUUCACUCCCAGCCACAAAAGGCAGUCCCGUCAGUUCGUCACCUUUCAAGAAUUCUAAAUUUUGUUACAGUUUCCAGUAGUCCUCGGAGAAUAGUAAUUAGACGUACAUUUGCUCAUACAUUUUGUGUUUUGGGCUUUCAUUCAGUCUUCCAGUCCAUUUAAAGGAACGACCCUGGUACUAGCUCUGUUCUUGAAUAGGAAGAAGGUGGAUGGUUUGAUGAAGGUGGUAUAAGUGAGUAGAUUCAUGAAUGAAAGUAAUGAGUAGAUUUAUGAAUAAAAGUGAUCGUAAUAUGGUUACGAAUGGUGAUAGUGAAAAAGGUGAAAAUAGUAACCAAGAAGAUUCUGUCAUAGCUCCUAGUCCCGCAAGACGAAGAUUGGUUCGAGGGGCUGAAGCAACCCAUGCUUUAAAGCUUGCAACUGAUCCUGGAAAACGACCCAAGGCUGACCAACAAAAGGAAAUGAUGUUGGGUAAAAAGCGUAGCCGACAAACAAUGUUUCUUAAUUUAGAAGAUGUUAAGCAAGCAACACCUAAAACUUCAACCCCUAAAAGGCCGAACUUCUUACCACCCAUCACAGCGCGUGUCCCGAGAGAGUCACAGCCUAUUCUUGACAAUGGAGAAAAGGUGAUGGAGGAUGCAAAACAGGUUGACGAGUCAUGCAAUGAAGAAAACAAUUACGUAGAGUCUAAUGGUACCAAAUCUGAAUGUAAUGAUGAUGACGACGACGACGAUGAUGAUGAUUUUGAUUUAAGACCUGUAACCCGUACUAAAAGGACAAGUAGUGGGACGAAUCUUGCUGCCGAGGAUAAACUUUUUUCAGAUCAUAGGCAGCGUUUAUUGAAGCAGCCAGCCGAUUUAAGGCAGAUGAAGAAUCCACACGCUCCUAUUAAAAAACCUCCUUUAAUCAGUCAAAACCCUAUUGAUUCCAAAACAGGAUUUAAAAGGCUUCCUUCAAGGAAACCAGCAACUGCGACCGCUCAGUAUCAGGAUACAUCAGUCGAGCGUCUUCAUCGUGAGGUGACCAAUGAAAAGUUCUGGCGGCAUCCAGAGGAGGCGGAGCUGCAAUGUGUUCCUGGAAGUUUUGAGUCAGUAGAAGAAUAUGUUCGAGUUUUCGAGCCUUUGCUUUUUGAGGAAUGUCGGGCACAGCUCUACAGUACCUGGGAGGAACAAACUGAAGCAGCUUCUAGAGACAUGCAUACGAUGGUUCGCAUAAAAAACAUUGAGAGGCGAGAAAGAGGAUGGUACGAUGUGAUACUUCUACCUACCAAUGAAUGCAGAUGGAAUUUUAAAGAGGGCGAGGUUGCAGUUCUUUCAGCCCCUAGACCUGGAACAGCAGUCAGAUCUAAGAGAACAAUUACGGAGGACCCUGAGGUCAGUGGGCGUGUAGCUGGUACUGUAAGGCGUCACAUACCGGUAGACACCCGUGAUCCUAGAGGGUUUGUCCUUCAUUUUUAUGUCGGGGAUUCUUAUGAUCCGAACAGCCAGGCUGAUGAUGACCACAUUUUAAGAAAGUUAAACCCUAAGGGGGUCUGGUUUCUAAUCUUUCUUGGCACACUUGCUACAACCCAAAGAGAAUAUCUUGCAUUGCAUGCAUUUCGUAGACUCAAUUCACAGAUGCAAACCGCGAUCCUUCAGCCAAGUCCAGAGCAGUUCCCGAAUUAUGAAGAACAGGCACCUUCCAUGCCUGAAUGUUUUACAACAAACUUUGUCGAUCAUAUUUACAGGACCUUCAAUGGACCCCAGUUAUCGGCAAUCCACUGGGCUGCAAUGCAUACGGCUGCCGGUACAACCAGUGGUUUAGCAAAACGACAAGAUCCAUGGCCCUUCACUCUAGUCCAAGGUCCACCUGGAACAGGAAAGACUCAUACUGUAUGGGGAAUGCUUAAUGUUAUUCAUCUAGUUCAGUAUCAACAUUACUAUACUGCAUUACUUAAAAAACUUGCACCUGAAAGCUACAAACAAGCAACCGAGAGCCUUUCUUUAGAAAACGCCCCAAGUGGGUCAAUAGAGCAGGUUCUCCAGAGUAUGGAUCAGAAUCUGUUUCGGACCCUUCAUAAACUUUGCCCAAAACCAAGAAUGCUCGUUUGUGCACCUUCAAACGCAGCAACCGAUGAGCUGCUCACGCGUGUCCUUGAACGUGGAUUCAUUGAUGGUGAGAUGAAGGUUUACAGACCUGAUGUGGCCCGUGUAGGGGUUGAUACUCAAACACGGGCAGCUCAGGCCGUUUCAGUUGAACGUAGAACUGAGCAGCUUCUGGUCAAGAGUCGUGAGGAAGUUCAUGGGUGGUUGCACCAAUUAAGAGGGCGUGAAGCUCAGUUGUCUCAGGAAAUUGCAUCCCUUCAAAGGCAACUUAAUGUUGCAGCUUAUGCAGGUCGGUCCCAAGGGUCUGUUGGUGUGGACCCUGAUGUUCUUAUGGCCCGUGAUCAGAACCGUGACUCAUUGUUACAACAUCUUGCAGCUGUGGUUGAGAGUAGAGAUAAAGUUCUAGUAGAAAUGUCUCGCCUAUUAAUAAUAGAAGGCAAGUUUCGUGGAGGGAACAACUUUAACAUAGAUGAAGCUCGGGCUAGUCUAGAGGCGAGUUUUGCAAAUGAGGCUGAAAUCGUUUUCACUACAGUUUCGAGCAGUGGUCGAAGGCUUUUCUCACGGCUAACCCAUGGCUUUGAUAUGGUGGUCAUUGAUGAAGCGGCUCAAGCCAGUGAAGUAGGUGUUCUUCCACCACUGGCUCUCGGUGCGGCCCGGUGUGUUCUUGUUGGGGAUCCACAACAGCUUCCCGCAACUGUCAUCAGUAAGGCAGCAGGGACGUUGUUAUACAGUCGAAGUUUGUUUGAAAGAUUUCAGCAAGCGGGUUGCCCUACAAUUUUGCUAUCUGUGCAGUAUCGUAUGCAUCCCCAGAUUAGAGAUUUUCCAUCUCGAUAUUUCUACCAAGGACGCCUUACUGAUAGCGAAAGUAUUACCAAUUUGCCCGAUGAGCAUUACUAUAAAGACCCGUUACUCAGACCUUAUAUCUUUUAUGAUAUCACCCAUGGACGGGAAUCACACCGUGGUGGGUCGGCUUCUUUUCAAAAUAUACAUGAAGCGCAGUUCUGUCUUCGACUAUAUGAACAUUUACAGAAAAAAGUCAAGAGUUUGGGUAUGGGGAAAGUGUCGGUGGGCAUAAUCACACCAUAUAAGCUGCAAUUGAAAUGCAUCCAACGUGAGUUUGAGGACGUAUUGAAUUCUGAAGAUGGGAAGGAUCUCUAUAUAAAUACGGUGGAUGCUUUCCAAGGACAAGAACGUGAUGUAAUUAUUAUGUCAUGUGUGCGUGCAGCGGGCCAUGGUGUUGGCUUUGUAGCUGAUAUUCGGCGGAUGAAUGUUGCUCUCACGCGCGCAAAAAGGGGACUUUGGGUGAUGGGAAAUGCGAGUGCCCUGGUUCAAUCAGAGGAUUGGGCUGCCCUAAUUGCAGAUGCAAAGGCUAGAGAAUGUUACAUGGACAUGGAUUCGCUUCCGAAAGAAUUCCUGGCGGCAUCCAAGGUGGAACCACCAUCCUAUGGCCCACCACCGACUAAGUUCUCUAAUGCAAGGGGUUAUGUGAAGUCUGGAUCCAGACAGAGACCAUACGAGCAUAUGGAAUCUAGGGUUGGAACAUCAUCAGGAGAUGAAGAUAAAGUUAAGUCAUCGUCCACAUCAAGAAAUGCGAGUUAUCGACCCUUUGAGCCAUCACCUAGCGACGAGAAUAAAAGAAAUUCAUUUCCAGCAUCGAGAAAUGCAAGUUAUCGACCCUUUGAGCCACCAUCAGGCGAUGAAGAUAAAGUAAACUCAUCUUCAACAUCAAGAAAUGCGAGUUAUCGACCCUUUGAGCCACCAUCAGGAGAUGAUAAAAUAAACUCAUCGUCCACAUCAAGAAAUGCAAUCUAUCGACCAUUUGAGCCAUCAUCAGGUGAUGAAGAUAAAAUAAACCAGUCGUCCACAUCAAUAAAGGCAAAUUAUCGACCCUUUGAGCCACAAUCAGGAGAUGAAAAUCAAAUAAGCUCGUCUUCCAUUUCAAGAUAUGCGAGUUAUCAACCCUUUGAGCCAAAAUUGGAGAAUCUCAUGGAUGAAUCUGAUCGGCCCCUAGAUCCCUGGCAAUACAAGAGACAAAACGCAAAUGGGGUUGCAGGAAAGAGACAACCAUAAAUUUGUUUCCAGAGGUUGUCCAAGAUUUCAUAUCAAACCCUAAACCUCCAACCCGGACCCAAACACCGAACACCAAACCCUGAACCCCGUUAGUGGGGCUUAUAAGUUGUGCGCAUGAGUACCAAUGAUCUUAAAGUUGCCUGAAAACAGGCAAUGAAUGCCAGCCUUCAUUCGUUCCAUAAAAGUGAAGAGCUACGAGGUUAAUCUGUUUUGACAUACCAUACAGCCUCUUAAUCCAGGACCAAGUCGAAAAGGUUCAAUAUUAUUUUCCUGCAAUUUUUUUUGUUCACUGUAUUCAUGGACUGCAUGAUCUUGUCAAGUUUUUAUCAUUUGAUGACAUGCAGACUUAUGAUGAUAGAUUGAUAGGCUUUUGCAUAUUAAAGAAACAAAAUAUAGGGUGGUUCUGCUGAUUAAUUUAAUAGGCAUAUUGGGAAAAAUUGUGGUAUACUUUUUUUGUAUAGGGAGAUGAGGGGUUGGUGUUGAUCAAGUGAAAGUUAUUUACAGAUUUACUCAUUCUCUAUUUUGUUCUGUACACAUAUAUAUGUAUAUGAGGCAUAUUACCUAUUUA